AUGAGAGCCGCGUACAGACGAGAGAGGAAAAAGUCAUUAAGGGAUGUAUCCGAAAUGGUGUCUACCAGAAUGGAAGAGUUUCAGCAGCGCCUUAUUGCAACUCAGAAUAGGUCCCCCUCACUGGAACAAACUCCACUUGCUAGGGAAUUUGAAUCAUUCAAAAAUUCUGUUUUAUUCUGCCUAGAGAAUCUCCAAGCUCAGAUGGCGAUUCUAUUUAGAGUGCAGGAUGAACAGGAGAUGCGCAGUAGGCGAAAGUGUCUGUUGAUGCAUGGAGUAAAUGAAGCAAAGGAUGAAAGCCCGGGCUCCAUUGCAAAUAUGAUAUCCGUACUCUUAAAGUGUCCUAAUGUGACGGAGCAGUGCCUCUCCCGUUGCCAUCGUGUGGGAUUAAGAUCCAAUGACAAGCCUAGGCCUAUAUUAAUAAAGUUUCGUGAGCAUGCUGACAAGUUAAGGAUCUGGGCUGCCAAAACUAAUCUUAAAGGCACUGGAAUAACCUUGUCUGAGUUCCUGACAAAAUCAAGGCAAUCGCUAUUUAUGGAGGCAAGAAAGCGGUUUGGCGUCUCGAAAUGUUGGACUCGCGAUGGACGUGUACAAGUGAUAGGGGCUGAUCGGAAACUUCGCCGCAUCUCUUCGCUGAAGGAACUCGAUUCAGUUCCGGACAGCAUACCGUCAUGGACCGCAGCUGAUGAUGCAAAGCUGACAAGAGACAAAACCCUUAAUAAGAAGGCUCCAAAAAAGGGUCAAUAA